AUGGAAUCUGGUCUUAUCAAAGACAAUCAAUUAUCAGCAAGUUCAAGCCAUGAUAAAGAUACUACUGGACCACAAAAUUCAAGAUUACGAAUAGAACGUGGAAGUGGUGCGUGGUGUCCACGUCAACAAAUUAGCUCUGAAAUAGUAGAAUGGUUACAAAUUGAUUUCGAUAUUGAUAUGGUAAUAACAGCUAUUGAAACACAAGGACGUUUUGAUGGUGGACGUGGAUUGGAAUAUGCGCCAGCUUAUAUGUUAGAGUAUUGGCGUGAAAGUGUUGGAAAUUGGGCACGUUAUAAAGAUGAAAAACAAAAUGAGGUAAUGGUCGGAAAUAGUGACACGCAAUCAACAGUAUUUCGGGCACUUGAUGGUGGUAUCGUAGCACGAAAUUUACGUAUUAUACCUGUUUCCGAAAUAACACGUACCGUUUGUAUGCGUGUUGAGCUUUAUGGUUGUCCUUAUAAAGAUCAACUACUAUCCUAUACUAUACCAGAAGGUGAUAUUGUUGAUGGUUUAAAUUUGAAAGAUGUAUCAUAUGAUGGAAUAACAAAUUCAUCAUCCGGAUAUUUGAUCAAAGGCCUUGGUAAAUUAUAUGAUGGUGCAGUUGGUUUAGAUAAUUUCGAGAAAUAUCCUGAAAAAUGGAUUGGUUGGAGUAGAGAAAAGCAUGGAGGAACGAUUAUAAUUGAAGUGUUAUUUGCAAAGAAGAAAAUUAUCAAUGCUAUUUUAUUUCAUACGUCAAAUUUCUUAAAAAGUGGUGCUCAGGUAUUUAAACAAGCAUAUAUUUGGUUCUCCUCACAGGGUGGUGGUCAAUAUUCGCCGAGAACAUUAUAUUUUAAUUAUGUUGCAGAUAAAAAUUUUCAAUCGGCAAGAUGGGUAAGAAUACCGGUGCCAAGUCGAAUUGCCAAAGAAUUACGAGUGGAAUUAAAAUUGCCGAAAAAUAGCAGCUUGCUAUUACUGAGUGAAAUUAAAUUUGAAUUUGCAAAUGAAAUGAUCGAAUCAGAUGAUAUGGAUGAUGAUGAUGAGGAAUUUGAUUUGGAUCAAUUAUCAAAUAGAGGUGAUACAUUAACUUAUUUUGCUAUCAAUGAUACAUCUGAAGAUGGUACACGAUGGAUAUCAGUUGCUGUAAUCAUAUCACUCAUUUUACUAUUCUGUGCACUCAUUUUUCUUUUCUAUUUGCUAUGGAUUUAUCGUCGGAUAUUUUCAUGCAAAGGAUCAUUUAUAGUUUUAAAGAAAAAUUCGAAAGAUAUACGAAUGACAAUUGAAGGACGAAUUGCUAAACGUACGUCACCUAAUGCUUAUCGUAUGACCAAUGAUAAUAUGCAGAAUUCAUUGUUGGAAAAACUUCAUGCUAAUCAAACGAUUGAUGCUAGUGAAUACGCUGAACCAAAUUACGUCAGCAAUAAUAUGGAAACUAGUGGAACUAACAAUGCAACAAUCGAUUACAAAAAAUCUCUUUCAAAUUCAACAGUUCAUUAUGCCUCAAAUAAUAUUUGUAUGCGACAUCCACGACAAUUAGGAUAUAUGUUAAUGGAAAAUUUGAUAACAUCUCAAAUAGUUAAUGAUUACGAUAAAAUUCAUACUGCAAAUAGAACAAGAAAUUUUGUUGAAAUUGAUUCACAAUGUUUACGAUUCAAUGAACAAUUGGGUAAUAGUCGAUUUGGUGAGAUUUGGCUUUGUAAAUUGGAACAACGUACAGUGGUGAAUAAAACAUUUCAUCGAAAUUAUGAUGAACGAAAAAAAUUUGAAUUAAUUGUUGGUGAAUUAAGUAGCCUAAGACAUCAAAAUAUAUUGGAAGUGAUUGGUAUUUGUUGUGGUGGUAUAUUAACAAGCUGUAUUCAUGAAUACAUCGAACAACAUCUUGGCCAAUAUCUUCAGAGCCUAAAUAAUAAGUUAUCAUCACGGAAAGAAUUGCUAUUAUCGGUAAGCACACAAAUUGCAGCGGGAAUGUCAUAUUUGGAAUCGAAAAAUUUCAUCCAUGGAAAUCUUUCGGCAAAUAAUUGUAUGGUUGCUAAUGAUGGUACAGUUAAACUUACGAAUUUCAACAUGGCUUAUGCAUUGGAUCAUUUUGAAACGGAUGAUACAAUCGAUCGUGGACGAAUCCGGUGGAUAUCUUGGGAAGCAGCUAUUGAAGUAAGAUCGAUAGAUUGGUGA